UCUCUCUCUCUCUAGGGUUUCGUUAUGCAACCAGCAACAACGGCGGUAAUGGAUCCUCGGUACCAACAACAAUGGAUGAUGAUGAAUCAGCAGCAACCACCGCCACCACAGCAACAGUAUCAUCAACAGCAGCCGCAACAAAUGUAUACCUACAACCAGCAACCACCACCGGCUGCGGCGGUGCCGCCGGUUCUACCUCAGUACCCGGUAGCAGCAACAGCUGGUACUGGUCCGAAUCAUCAACCAGCUAGCGCCGAUGAGAUCCGUACGCUAUGGAUCGGGGAUCUACAGUACUGGAUGGACGAACAGUAUCUAGUUAGCUGUUUCGCCCAAUCUGGCGAGGUAAUUUCAGCAAAAGUUAUCCGUAACAAGCAAACUGGACAAUCUGAAGGUUAUGGUUUCAUUGAAUUUGUUAAUCGUCCUGCUGCGGAAAGGCAUCUACAGACAUAUAAUGGCACUCUUAUGCCCAACGUUGAGCAGAACUUCAGGCUAAACUGGGCUUCUUUUGGCGUUGGUGAAAAACGUGCAGAUGGUGCUCCUGAUUUCACCAUAUUUGUUGGGGAUUUGGCAGCUGAUGUUACGGAUUAUACAUUACAGGAGACAUUUAGAGCUCAUUAUCCAUCUGUAAAGGGUGCAAAGGUUGUAACUGAUCGAAUGACAGGACGCACAAAAGGUUAUGGUUUUGUGAAGUUUGGAGAUGAGACAGAACAACUGCAUGCAAUGACUGAGAUGAAUGGAAGAUUAUGCUCAACCAGACCAAUGCGCAUUGGGCCAGCAGCUAACAAAAAUACUGUUGGUGGACAACAGUAUCCGAAAGCUUCAUACCAGAAUACCCAAGGAACACAGAACGAGGAGGAUCCAACUAAUACAACUAUAUUUGUUGGUGGUCUGGAUCCCAACGUUACAGAUGAGCACCUUAGGCAAGUCUUUAGCCAAUAUGGACAAUUAGUCCAUGUGAAGAUACCUGUGGGCAAGCGGUGUGGAUUUGUUCAAUUUGCUGAUAGAAGCUGCGCUGAAGAAGCACUGCGAAUGCUACAAGGAACUCAGUUGGGUGGACAAACUGUGCGACUUUCAUGGGGUCGUAGUCCUUCAAAUAAACAGCCUCAGCAAGUAGAGCAAAGCCAGUACAGUGGAGGUGGUGGAUACUAUGGAUAUGGACAGGGCUAUGAGACUUAUGGGUAUGCUCCGGUUGCACAAGAUCCAACUAUGUACUAUGGCGGCUAUGCGGCGGGAUAUGGUGGUUAUCCACAAGUCCAACAGCAACCACAGCCACAGAUACAGCCACAACCACAGCAGCAUCAGUGAUACCAGAAACCGAUGUUGGAAGAUGGAGGCGUGGGCGAUUGAAGAGGGAUCAUCUAAGCAAGCAAGCCCCUUUUCUUCCAAUUUGAUUUGAGAUUCUCUGUAAACGAGGUCUUUUGACAUUUCUACCCUUUUCGCUCUUAAACAAUUGUACUGAGGAUUUGAUGAUUUCGUUUUACAUGUUUAUCGGCUUUUGAAGUUGGCCAAAAUUCGAAGUGCA